AUGGAAUUUGAACGCGGACUUUUGCCAAAAGCGAAUUUCACAUCACCGACCAUGCCUAGACUAAACCUAUUAUACACGCGCGAUCCGUACCUAUUUUUUACGUCCAUUUUGACAAAAAGAAAUGUGUUGAUGAAGAUGUACGACAAAGAUGAAAAAGAAACCACUCUUGAUUUAUUACAUGAUCAAGGGAGGUCCAAGUAA